AUGUGUGGCCAUCCUUUGUUACUUCUCAAUUGCCAAUAUGAUCAAACCUACAUAUACAUCAAUAACGUCAAAUACCAAGUUUUGGUUGCCAACCCAGAUAACCAUACUUUGAGAAUCGCUAGAGUGGACUACUUGCAAGGCCUGUGUCCACAACAAUAUCUCAACACCACCCUUCCCCCUGAGUUGUUUGUUUAUGGGCAAAACUACAAGAAUCUUUAUUUUUUCUAUGAUUGUAAUUCAAAUGCCUACCCUAGUUACAAUAUUGCACGUUUUCCUUGUACCAAGAAUGGUGUUGUGAGUGAAUUUGUCUAUCCUCAGUUUGAGGCUCAAAAUCCUCCUAUGCGAUGUGCUACAAGUGUGGUUGUUCCAGUUUCAGUGUCAUUGCUUGAUGCUUGGAAUUUGACCAAAAUACAAGAGGCACUCAGUGAUGGAUUUGAAGUGAGAUGGAUGGCUGGUGUUGAAGAAUGUAACAAGUGUGAGAACUCAAGUGGAGUAUGUGGUUAUUUGAAUUCAAAUCAACCAACCUGCUAUUGCAAAUCUUCAGAUUCAGGCUCCACAACUUGUUCUCUCACCAUUCCAACUGCAAAGGAACCUCAGGAACAGGCUCCUGCACUUCCAGGUAAAAAGUCCAAGGCAGUAGCUGUUGGAGUAGGCAUUGCGGUGAGUGUUGCAGCCCUUGCUGGCAUUCUUCUUGGAUGCUGUCUAUACAUGAGACGAAGGAGAAGAAUGUCUGAAAAGUCUCAAAGCAAUGAUCUGUUAAUGCUUCCUUCAAGCAAUGCCACUGUUAACUCAAUUUACUCAACAAUUAACAUGUCUACAAGUACCCUUUCUUAUUCCUCCUCCAAGUCUAACUCUGUGAUGAAGAGUUACUACUUUGGUGUCCAUGUGUUCAGUUAUGCUGAACUAGAGGAAGGUACCAACAAUUUUGACCCUUCAAGGGAACUUGGCGAUGGAGGUUUUGGCACUGUUUACUAUGGCACUCUCAAAGAUGGACGUGUGGUUGCAGUGAAACGCCUUCACGAAAGGACUUUGAAGCAUGUUGAUCAGUUCAUGAAUGAAGUUGAGAUUCUAGCUCGCUUGCAGCACAAGAACCUGGUAGCACUCUAUGGAUGCACUUCUAGGCACAGCCGAGAACUUCUCCUUGUUUAUGAGUACAUACCUAAUGGAACAGUAGCAGAUCAUCUUUAUGGAAAAUGGGCAAAGUCAAAGUCACUUCCUUGGGCAGUAAGAUUGAACAUUGCAGUUGAAACAGCAGAUGCACUAGCCUACCUCCAUGCAUCAGAUGUCAUACACCGUGAUGUCAAGUCCAACAAUAUUCUCUUGGAUGAUGAAUUUGGUGUCAAAGUUGCUGAUUUUGGUCUCUCAAGGUUGUUCCCAAGUAAUGUAACUCAUGUGUCAACUGCUCCACAAGGAACACCAGGUUAUGUGGACCCUGAGUAUUACCAGAGCUACCAACUCACUGAUAAAAGCGAUGUUUAUAGUUUUGGUGUGGUUUUAGCUGAGCUUUUAUCAUCUUUACCAGCUGUGGACAUCACCAGGCAUCGCCAUGAUGUAAAUUUAGCUAAUAUGGCUUUAAGUAGAAUUCAAAACCAUGCUCUGCAUGAGUUGGUUGAUCCACGGCUUGGAUUUGAAAAAGACUAUGCUGCUAUGCAGAUGAUAACAGCAGUGGCAGAAUUGGCAUUUAGGUGUCUGCAGGAGAUAGACAUGAGACCCUCCAUGGGAGAGGUGCUGAUGGUGUUGAGAGGAAUCCAAAAUGGAAGAUAUGAUACACAUAAAGCAGAAGAAGUGUUGGAUAAUAGGAUAGAAGAAAUUAUGCUUUUGGAAAAAACUCCUUAUCCCCUUUCACCAAAUUCGGUUGCUGAUAAAUGGAUUAGCAGGUCCACUUUGUCUAGUUCCUCCUAG